AUGAUGCAUGGACAAAAUCUCGCCCGUACCGUCGUCGGUAUCGUUGGGAAUGUUAUCUCGGGACUACUCUUUCUCUCUCCAUGCCCGACGUUCUGGAGAAUAUGUAAAAAGAAAGACUCGGAGGAGUUCCACCCUUAUCCAUAUCUGGCCUGUGUAAUGAACUGUCUCUUCUGGAUCUUCUAUGGCUUACCCAUAGUUCAUCCCGACAGCACUCUCGUCAUUACCAUCAAUGGCGCUGGUCUCUUUCUCGAGCUCUGCUACCUCACCAUUUUCUUCUUCUACACUAACAAGAAGAACAGGGGGAUCAUAGUGAUGUUCUUGUUGGCCGAGUUUGCCCUUCUUGGCGCGAUUGCCGCAGUCACGCUUUUAUGCUUUCAUACCCACGCGAAAAGGUCGAUGUUUGUGGGCAUUAUUUGUGUCGUGUUCGGUGUCAUUAUGUAUGGCUCCCCACUUUCCAUCCUCAGGCAAGUGGUGAAGACGAAGAGUGCGGAAUUCUUGCCGUUUUGGCUAUGCUUGGCUGGCUUUGCCAAUGGCAUUGUGUGGUUUACCUAUGCUAACCUCAAGACUUUCGAUCCCUACAUUGCUACUGCGAAUGGCAUCGGCGGCGUAUUGGGUUUGAUCCAGCUGUGUGUGUACAGUUAUUACACAUGGAUAUACCCCAAGUUCUGCUCCAAAGACGACAAGCCCGCCGAGGUGCAGCUGCAGCAGCAGAACACAGCCUCCACAAAUCGCCCCCAAGUGUAG